AGAACGCAGAAGUUUCAAUACCAAAUUAAGCCUUCUUGGCACGUGGAAUUGUGGUGCGCGUGCCGUUGCUAUUUCCCCUCCCCGUCGUCCGUACACACGAGGCAACGCGAGCUCCAGGUGGCGACGGCCAUGGCGGCGGCGGCGGCGGCGGAUGCGGAGCGUGGCGGCCGUCACAUCCUCCGCGGGUUCGUCUCCCGCGAUCUCUGCAAGGAGCUGGAGUUCAUCCACCGGAGCUGCGGCGCCGUGGGGUACCGGCCGGGCGUGCUGUCUACCACCCUCCUCCACCUGGCCGCCACCGACUGCGCCCACCUCCUCCUCCCCUUCCUCCCCGUCCGCGACCGCCUCCGCGACACCGUCGAGUCCCUCUUCGCCUGCGACUUCGCCCUCUUCGUCGAGUUCACCGCCCUCAUCAGUUGGUGUAAAGGAGCAUCUAUUGGAUGGCACAGUGAUGAUAAUAAGCCUUAUCUUAAACAGAGAGAUUUUGCGGCAGUGUGCUAUUUAAAUAAUCAUGGAAAGGAUUUUAAAGGUGGAAUCUUUCACUUUCAAGAUGGCGAACCCUCUGCUGUUGUUCCAUUUGCUGGUGAUGUUGUAAUCUAUACAGCUGACCGUCGCAAUGUCCAUUGUGUGGAUGAGGUAAUCGAAGGAGAAAGGCUCACGCUGACUCUUUGGUUCACCCGUGACAGUGCUCACGAUGAGGAUGCCAAACUUCUCUCUCUCCUCUCUCAUCAACCAUCAUCGAACAACAAUUUCAAUAACCCUAACUGUUUCUUGCCUUCACCUGCAUCCAAUAAUAUGUAUUGGUUUUCCAAUGAAAAAUCGGGGUUUGAUAUCCGCUGUGCCAGAGUGCAGUUUCUCGGGUAUUCUUUCCUUACGACCAGUGAUUUGAAGGAUAGUUCAUCUGAUCAAUCAAUUGAACCUUUUGAGCAGCUCAAUAACCCAUUGACACUUGCUAGAGGAGAUGAGGUUUUUGAUAUGAAAUUCAUCAACAGUUUGCAUGCACUUCAGGUGCUACAAUUCUACUACUGGAAAGCCUCUGAAUUGGCUGCAGCAAGAAGUGAAGCCAUCGAAAACUCGGAAUCGCCACAACUGUCUUUCCGAUUUAGGACAUCCACUGACAUGGAAAUCUGUUUACCAUGCGAUCGUGAGCUUGCUGAGAAUACUUUAGGUUGUUCAUGUUAUGAAGAAGCUAAAGUUUUCACUGAUUCAAAUGACUUAUCGCUCGCUGUUGUCGCAUGGGAGAACUACAGUUGUAAACUACGAAGAGAUCUACUGAGUCUCAUGCCGCAUUGGUUACCCAAUCAGUCUAUCUUCUUUGCUGACCCCUCGGAAUUGCGGAUGUAUAAUGGAUGACCAAAUCUUGGACAAAAAAAGGGGAAAAUUUUGGCAAGGUACAUAGCUUUUUCUUUACUGCUUAUGUUACUAUUUCAGUAUACUAGUGCUUCCAUAGAAGUUACAUUUUGAGGGAACACACUUCUCAUAGCAGGCAAGAAAGUCUUAUAUGAGAUGAGGGCAAUAGGAGGAAUUGAGUUCUAUUGAUUGGUCUUGUCCUGUAAAUUAAUUUAAGGGCGUGGAUCAAGGAUUAAAGUGUCGUACGGCACGAGCCGGCACGGACACGUAUCGGUACAGGGGGGUACGAGACCCCCCCCCCUCCAUGCCGCGGCACACUGCCGUAUUGCACGGUCCGCCGUGUCGCACGGUCUCAUGCGAUACGGCGGAGUGUGCCAUGGCACAGUGCCAUGCCGGUAUUGUUGUUUUCUUUUUGCUUUUUUGCCUUUUUUUUUUUGGUUUUUGGUUUUUUCUUUUGUUUUGUUCUUUGGGGUACCAAGAAACAUUCGAGUAUCCCACAUCUUUUAAAGACAUUGCA